CCCAGCAAAAACUCGCCGGGCGAAAGAAAAAAAGGUCCCUUUUUUAUUUUCCUCGUCCUCUUCGUCUCGACUCGCCGCCCACUGCGCCCCUCCCCCUCCCCCUCGGCCCCUCCAAUCCCUCCGAUCCAAUCCCCAAACCCUAGGCAAUCCGCCACCAGAGUGCCAGGUCGUCUCCCCCCCUUGCCCCCUCCUCCUCGUCCACCCGCAGCGGCGCGGCACAUGGCCCACGGCGGCGGCGUCGGCGUCGGCGGCGGGAGGGCGAAGGUGACGCCGAACCUCGCGGUGGACGGCGAGGGCACGCGGACGCUCAACCUCACCGUGCUGCAGCGCCUCGACCCCGCCGUGGAGGACAUCCUCAUCACCGCCGCCCACGUCACGCUUUACGACUUCGACACCGACGUCAACCAGUGGAGCCGGAAGGAUGUCGAGGGGUCGCUCUUCGUCGUCAAGAGGAAUGCCCAACCCAGAUUCCAGUUCAUUGUCAUGAAUCGCCGGAAUACAGAUAAUCUAGUUGAAGAUCUCUUAGGAGAUUUCGAAUACCAACUCCAAGUUCCUUAUAUAAUGUACCGCAAUUCUGCACAAGAAGUUAUUGGAAUUUGGUUUUACAACUCCCAGGAGUGUCAAGAAGUUGCAAAUCUUUUUAGCAGGAUACUGAAUGCAUUCUCGAAGGUGCCUCCAAAGCCGAAGAUUCCCUCCGUUCAAAGUGAAUUUGAAGAGCUGGAAGCAGCACCUGCGUUGGUUGAAGGUCCUCUGGAACCGCAAACAUCAAAUAUCAUAUCAGCUACUACCCACGUUCAAGAGGACCCCUUAUCUGCAUUCUUCAGUGCAGCUGCGAACGCUGGUGGCACCGCCUCUGUAGCUGUUGCAGGACAGUCAAGUCAAUCUUUCGGUGCUAUUCCUUUGUCACAUGCACCUACUAGUACUAUUACAUCGCAAUCGCCGGGCUUGCAUCAUUUGCUUCCUUCACAGGCCUCAUCAGUUUCUGGCAUACCUACUGAUGUUCAUGGUGGCACUGGUCCUAUAGUGAGGUCCACGAGCCUUGUAAAUCCAUCACAUUUCUCACCAUUGACAUCGGCGCAAACAGCAAUGGUGCGCAGUAAUUCUGCAGUACCAACUGCUCCACCUCAACAUCCUCGUACUGCUCAGCAGCCGCAAAGUGCUCCCUUGCUUCAGCCUUUUCCAUUACCUACAACUUCACCUUCUCCGCCGUAUGGGACUCCAUUGCUUCAACCAUUUCCACCACCAAAUCCAUCGCCGUCUCUUGCAUCAGCUCCAGUCUACAACCCAGCACUGUCCAGAGACAAAGUUAGAGAUGCAUUACUGAGACUUGUGGAGAACGAAGAAUUUAUCGAUUUGGUCUACCGGGAGAUCGUGAACAGACAAUAAUGAAUACUGAAUGAACAGACCUCUCCAACAGUCUGGUUGUGUUUGGACUCUUUUGUUACCUGUUGUGAAGCCUGUAAUUCAAGUUAUGAUGUAAAUUCAUUGGUGAAGUCCAUCGGUUGGCGAAGUUUGUAUUAAUGUACUUUCUACAUAUCUGUAAAUGCUUAUGAAAAAUCUAUCUGCUCCGUGGAAUGUCAUCUGCUGUAUUCGUGGUGCAGAAAAGUUUUGUUCUGAACAUAUAUCGUAACAUUGGGAUCUGAUGAACGCUAUA